GGGUGGGACCAUCUCAGGGGCUCAUUGUCUGUGCCGCUGUGGGAUCAGCGGCUUAUGGCCCUGUCCCUUACAUGGCCCAUGGUUCUGUCACUUGUAGUUCCCUUUACCAUGUUUGUUUUGUGCCUUGUAAAUGCCUUCAAAUGGGAGAAAGGCAAGGCCUUCGCUCCCUUCCUCUGGGCUUGCAGGUCUGACUGGGCCUUCCGGUCCCCUGCACCAACAUCCUGGGUCCUGCACCUAUAUCCUGCCCAGGGCCCACUCAGACUAGGGGUCUGAUACAGCGGCCCUUCUGCACCUGGAGGAAGGUGAAGGGACUGUGUGAGGCAGCUUAGGAGUUUGGGCUCAGUGUCUUCCCUGAGAACCCAGCAGGGACUUCCUGUGAAGGUGCUGGGAAACCCCUCCUUAUUCAAAAGAAUGGAGAGCAGCGGGAGUCCCAUCCUGAGCUGGCCUAGCCAGGGCACUGAGGGCCAUGUCUCUCCAACCCCAGUUGGAGGGACCAUGCCAAGCCUCUCCUCAGAACCCCCCUUUUCCCUGCAGUCCUUGAGCCUCAUCGAGAUCAGGAACCCUUCCCAGAACCUGGAGAAUGUCUGCCACUGGGCUUGCCUGCAGCAGAAGCCAGACACAGACCACGACAAGUACCACGAUCAUGCCAUUUUCCUCACUCGGCAGGACUUCGGGCUGUCAGGCAUACAAGAUUGAGCUUUUAUUCAAAGAUGUAAACUAUAUGAAAGGGCAGAUCUAAAAGCAGAAAUGGGCACAUCUACAAUCCCCAUUGAAGAGAUAAAGGUGUCUUUUUCUCAGUAAGUAGAACAGAUGAGAAAAUCAGUAACAAUGUAGACAUUUGAACUAAGCAACUUGACCCACUUGAUGUAGACAGAAUGCUACACCACAU